AUGGAAUGGUACCAUGUUUGGAACGCUGGAUAUAUAAACCAUAAACGAGAACAUGACCUAGGAGUGAUAGAACCAGAGGAAUGUUUAGCAUGUGAAAUAUGUAAUCCAAUAGAAAGAGAAGUAUCAGCAGCAUUCAAGAAAUUUUGGGAUGCUUUAUUUAAAUUCGAGGAUACAAUACUAAUGUACAAUAAUGUAACACAUAAAGAAUUAUUGAAUUUAUUAAGUAUGGACAAUAGAGAAAGGGAGGAUACAAUACAUAAAGGAAAAUGUAGGAAUAUAGUAGAUAGAAUAAUUGAAUCAAUAAGGUACAGACAACAACCGAAAAUGAAAGAAAAAGGAUUGAGAAUAAUAAUAGUAGUGAUUGUAAGGGAUUGUAUUGAAGGAGACUUAGAAAAUGAAGUAUUUGAUCGAUUAAUUGGAUGUCCAGAAAUAAUGGAACAUGGAUACAUUUUAGAAGAUUGGGAUGUUGAAAAUAGAUUUCAAAAAUUUUGGGAUUGGUAUAACACGAUAUUGGAAAAUGAAAUGAAAGCAAUACAUGUUAAGAAGUUAGCAAUAAAGUUAUUCAGGGAUUUAUUGUAUAAAGAAACAGAAGAUCUGUUGAGGAGGGAAGAGGUAGUUGAAUUAAUAAUCCAGAUAGAAUAUCAGAAUAGAUGGGGGGUAGACACUCAAGAAGAAAAGGAUGCAUGGAAGAGAUUGAUACAGAAAGUAAGACAAAGAUUUAUUGACACCAAACAAUUUACAAGGGAACCUGAGGACCCAGAAAGUGCUAGUCCUGAAAGUUAUGAAUUAGAGGACAGUGAUG